AGACACAUCGUAAGCAUUUGAAGUGCUGCGGAAUUAACUUCGCUCGCCAUAAAUGAAACUCCCAGUCGGCUUUUUAUCAGAGAUUCAUCACCUCAAUCUGACGGAAUAGGGAGCAAGUCCCUGCGAUCGCGUACGGGUUGUUGCCUCCUCGAGUUCAUUGAUACUUAGCCAGCAUGUCAGGAUUCUACCCUCUGGGAGAUAUCGUAACCUCCCUGGAAGAGAAUCCCGAAGUCUUGGACUUGUCAACUACGAAACACGCCAAGCGGUUGCGCAAGUUCAAGAUGUGGUCUACAAGAUGGGAUAUCAAGAGAUGCCUCGAGGCCUUUCAAGAGACGUUCCAAGAUCUCGGCUUCGACCCUUUCAACUGCGGCUGGGAAACUGUCUCGCGCCAAGCGACCGAAACCUACGAGAAAAUCUGCAGGGACCAAGAGAGCAUGGUCAAACUCAAGGCCUCCUUAGGCAAGGCGAGCAAAGCGCACGAGAAGAACCUUCCAGUCAAAGUUGUCCGACCAAGCAUCAGCUUGAGCGCAAUCGAUGGAGGUGAUAGCUACCACGAUGUAAAUUCGAUACGAACGGAACCAAGGGGUGAUCCAGGGAGCAAGGCUUCUAAGUUGAUCGAGUCGAAGCGGGAUAUCCCGGAAAGCCUUAACCCUCCGUGGGCACCAAGCGUUUCUCGACGGUUCGACCAUUCCGCUUCUUGAGGUACACGCUAACCCUGAGCGCAAGCAGCUUGUCCGUGGUGCCUUUGCCGCUGUUUUCAAGGUCUUAUCCCAUACACCACAGCCGGAUCGAAACGGUUUUUAUUGCCUUGUGGACGCAUUAUCUAUCCCGGUAGAC